UGCGAAAAAAAGAAGACGACGACCUUAAACAAAUUAUCAACACUUACUUCACUACUCCUAUUCAACCACCUUUAUAUACAUCUUUUUUAUCUACUUCAAGAACUAAAACAUUAAAUAAUCAGGAAGAAAGUUAUGAAUCUGAUUUAGAAGAAAGCGAUAA